AGUGCUUCAUCCACAACAGAGGUCACAAACAGACAGGAUGGGAGGAGACCACGGCAGUAAACUAAACCUGCCAGACUUUAAGCAGUGGAAGGUAGAGGGAACACCUCUGGAGUUCACACAGCAGAGACUGGCAGCUAGAGGACUGAAGGACCCGUGGGCACGUAAUGAGGUGUGGAGGUACGUGGGAGGGUUCAGCCGUCCUGUAUCCCUGGGAGACGUGAUGCUGAGGGGUUUUAAAUGGGGCUUUGCGGCCUUUGCUGUGGCUCUGACUGUAGAGUACGCUCUCUUCCCCCCCAAGAAGUCUGGCCACUGACCUCUAAGCCCAGAACGCUUUGGAAUACAACCGGAUCAGAUGAUUUUCCUGUAUAAUAAAUGUUGAGUGUUUUCAUCC